UUCCGCCAGUCAGUCAAAUAAUGUGAAACAAGUCGGGUCAAUUUUCUGUACACCAAAACCAAACACCGAGACUCAAAUUUUCGACCUGCAAAAUGGAAGAGACCGAAAUUCUGGAAAAUCAAAAUGUGCCACAAACAGACAAGAUGAAACCAGCAAGUGCACACGGUGAACACAACGAGCUGUAUAUCUUGAAUUACUCGCAUUCUAAAGAUUCUAAUGAAUCAAUUGGCCGAAAAAGUCUUGAGCAAAAGAACUUCAAUGCGGUCAAGAACCUUCAGAAACAGCAAACACAUGUGUACGAUUUGAAAGAAAGUCAAGCACAGGAACAACCACCGGAAAAUAUAGACCAAAAUACCAAACCCCUAAAAUCUGAAGAAAAACUGCAUAUUUCGAGAAACGAGGAAGAAUAUAAAGAUAUUGUUUCAACUCAUUCUAAGGAAUCAAAGGAACAAUGCCAAGAAGAAGCAAGGAUAGAAACACUUAGGAUCAAGUACAAAGAUAUCAUUAUUGACAAUAUCUCUGAUGAUACUAUCUCCACGAAAUCUAAGCCACAGAGUCAAGAAAAGUUGAAUGAUGCUGCUCCUGGUAAAACGUUGACCAUGGAUAACGCCCGUAAAUCAAACACGUUAAUUGAAGAAGAACCGUUGAAUAACCCCAAAGAAGAAGCUAUUCAAGUGGUGGAAAAUGUAACGAGUCCACCAGAAACACCAGCAAAGGAAGAACUUCAAGAAACCAAGGAACAGGACACCAUACCAAAACCCGAGGAAGUGAAAAAUGAUGAACUGGAUCCAAUGUCGCCAAGUACUUCAUCGGCAGCUCAGGAGACGAAAUCGGAAAAGCCAAAUGAAGUAACGCCUUGUACAGAGAUAAAAUUUGACCCGAGGGAUAAGAUCAGGCAGGACAUGGAAGAAUAUUUUAAAGGCAUUCAGGCUCUGGAGGUCAAGACACUAACCGACGACAAGCUGAAUGCAAGAGAAGCCGAAGCCAUUUUGAGAGAGGAGCAGCAAAGGAAAACCUGGAAGGGAAUGCUUCUAGCGGUAGCCCACACCUCCUUAUCCACAUCCACUCACAUCAGUUCUUCAGGUAAAACGCCAAAAUCCGCCGUACAAGCCAUUCUACAACGCACAGCCAAGGCGGAGUUCAAAAGGAAAAUGUAUGUCCUUAAGGAGAACUACAACUAUCGAUUGGAGCUGCUAAAGCAGCUAAAAAACGACAUGAAAAACAACUACAAAAGCGAGGCCCAGCAACUGUACAUCGACUACCACUCCAUCAAGAACCAGACUCCAAACAGCCCCCCUUUAAACGAUAUAGACACAGUAUGCUCCACGGAAAACAGUAACCAAGAAGAGAGUUAGGUAAUAGGAGCAAGUGGAUCCACCCGCCAAAAACAGAAUACUUCCACACCAUCAACAACUGAAACUCAUCACCUCCAUACUUGCAUUAUCUGCAAAGAAAGGAUUACAUAAUAUGUUUGGAUAGCCCAUCUGCUGCUGAUUAUCUCAUCACACUUACACGACACACACUCUACUCCAUUUUUAAUAAUAUUCACAAAAGUAAAGCCGAAAAACUAGAGGGCUUUCAGGAACUUGUAGAACCUAGAGCCCCAAAAUCAAUGCUACCAAGUGAAAUAACCUGCCAAAAGCGGGGUUCAUGGGACUGUACCUCUUGCAUUCAUUGUGUGCACUUGCUUCUUUACAUCUUGACGAAGUGCAUCUGUAUCUCAUUUACUGAGUACCCACGGUACAGUCGCCACUCUGAACGCCCCGCGGCAUGCAACAGUAUUUUUUAGCUUUGUAUAGCCCAGAAACCUUAAAUUUGCGCCACUUCUGUUUUGCAUGUCGAAAUAAAAGCAAAGACAAUGAGAAUUGACCCAAA